GAUUUGUUGUUUGUUCUUCAACAUUUCAUGGAGUUUAUUUAUUUUAGGGAUUUGUUGAGCUUAAAUACAAUGAAAACUACCUCAGUGACUACAAAGUAUAUAAUUCAUCAUUUCUCAUCGUAAUAUGGUUUUAUGGAUAUCUCAGUCAAUGAACAAUCAAUAUGGGUGACAAUAAUUCAUCAGAUUGUUCCUGGAAAAAGAUUGUUUUAGCUAAAGCAAACAAUGAAUGGGUAUCUACCAUUAAACAAGAGCAGUGCGACAUCGAUGACUCUGUGAACACUUCGAAUACUAGUUCGGAUGGAGACCACAUUGCAAACUUUUCUAGUUUUACUCCUGUAAAACCAGAACAUGGCAGUUACAGCCAGGCACCAGAAAUGGAAUCAAUGAUGCAAGAACUGGACCCAUUGUUAGUAGUUUGUGAGUCCCGCAGGCAGCGGAGAGGGUCAGGACCUAAGGUUGAAUCUCCAGAAGAGAGGAAGAUUCGCCUGGCUAAAAUGUCAGCGUAUGCAGCUAAAAAACUUGCUAAGGAGACUCCUGAGCAACGGGCGGCUAGACUUAAACGAAUGUCGGAAUAUUCAGCACGUAAACUUGCCCAGGAGACCAGUCAGCAGAGGGCCAUCAGGCUGGCAAAGAUGUCUGCUUACGCCGCCCGGCGGUUGGCGCAGGAAACUCCUCAGCAGAGGAAGGUGCGCUUGGCGCGGAUGCAAGCGUACUCCGCCAAGAGAAACAUGAUUUUACAAGCACAGAAACAUAAUCUACCUAUCAAUAAUGGAAAUACUGACAAUGCUUUUGCAGCAAAGUCUAACCAAAGUUGAAACAUAACAUUUGUUAUGCUAUCUUUUAAAAUGAAAGUAAUGCUUUAUAUGCAAUAAUGUAUUAAUAAUGUGUAUAAUAAUAUCAUUUUAUUUCUUCUUGAAACUAGUUUUAUAAAGUAUAUUAAUUUGUAAUUAUCUUCAAAAAAUUUAAUUGAAUUCAUGGCAAUAGUAUGAUUUACAAAAAAAAUCAAUAGGAACACAUUUAAAAAGUUCAAAGUAGUCAUUUAAUUGCAAUCUGUAGAUGUGUCUUCAGUGCCCUAGAAAUUACAGUAGAAAAUCUGUUUUUUGUAUAGUGGCUAUUUUAAUCUCAUUUAUGUCAAGUAAUGUAGGUAUGAAAUACUUAAUUUAAUUUGUACUUAUACAUUUAGAAAAAAUAUUGUAUAGUUUUAUUAUUAUGUAUACUAUUCGGUUUGUUUCUUAUUUUACUUUGUUAAAUGUGUGUCCUAAUAACUAAGAUUUAUUUACUUUUUACUAACUGCAGCAUGUACUUUUGAACUUACUAUUAGUAUCAUAAUGAAAUAUUGCAAAAUUCCAUUAUAGUACUGAUGGUAAAUAAUAUAGAAAUAUAUAUCCAGAUUUAGUUGGUCAAUCCCACAUGGAAGGGAUUGCAACUUAAUCUUUAAGAAAAGAGAUAUUGUAGUCAUAGUGAAUAUAUUUUAUACAUUACUAGAUGCGAUUCUAAACAAGUUGAAGACUGCUUCGACAGUCAAAAUAUUAGUGUCACAUGUGUUGAAUAAUAAACAAUUAAACAUCACCUAAAUAAAAUAAAAUUCUUUCAAUUUAUAUAAAAUAAUAAAUAAAUCUAACCUUUUUUUACAACAAAUAUCCACAGCAAAAUACAUUUCAUAAUAACCUCAUAUUUUAUAUCAUGCAAUUUGUAUAGCAACUAUCUAUGAAGUCACUAUUCCCAUAUUAUUUAUGUAUUGCUUAUGAAUAAAAAUAAUAGUUGAAAAAAAUCUUAGCUUAUUAAUAAUGCAUUACAUAAUUUUAAUUUGUAAAAUAUCACAUUUGAUCUAUUAUUGUAAGAGCAGUAUUACUACAAAUUACAUUUAAAUGCAUAACUAUUUUCCAUUACCAUAAAAAGAUUGGUGUUCUAAAAAUACAUACAAUUACAGGCAGUAUUGGAUUUCUUAUUAAUUUUUUAGCUUACAUGGUAGAUACGUCGACAUGCGGCGCAUGACAAAUAAUAAUAAUAAUAAUAGUUAAUUAGAG